AUGUUAUCUGAGCGGGUCUGCAAUAUUUUACAUGAAUAUUUCGGCAUUCAGAAGCAUUGUGCUAGGUGGGUGCCACGUUUGCUAACAGUCGCCGACAACGCACCUGCUGAUAGUUCGGUCGUUGCGAUGACUAAAAUCAAUGAAUUAAAGUUAGAAUUGUUCCUUCAUCCACCAUAUUCACCAGAUUUGGCCCCCAGCGACUAUAAUUUGUUCCCGCACCUUAAAAUAUGGCUCGGAGGUAAAAAAUUUCAGAGCAACGAGGAAGUAAUCGAUCCUAUAGAUGAGUAUUUUGAGGGACUUAAUGAAUCGGUCAAUAAAAAUGGCAUCACUGCAUUAGAAUACUGA